CACUACUUGUACCCUGACGGAGCCUCACGCAGCUACAAAAAGGGCGCUGUCACGCUCGUCACGUACAACAUUGCUUCCUCGGCCUUCACGCACGACAGAGAGGAGUGUUAUACACACAUACACAUUGCACCAGCAAUAUGGUGAAAACAAAGAAAUUCAUCUUUGCAAGGCGCUUUGUUGGCGUGCCGAAGGAAGAUGAUUUUACGGUUGUAGAAGAAGAGUUGCCACCCCUGAAGGAAGGAGAAAUUUUGUGCGAAGCUGUGUGGUUCAGUGUUGACCCUUACAUGAGACCUUAUACAGCCAACGUUCCUACUGGAACCACUAUGAUUGGAUCCCAAGCUGCAAGGGUUAUUGAAAGUAAGCACCCCGAGUACAAGGUUGGAAUCCACGUUGUAGGUCAUUUUGGAUGGCAGACUAGGAGCAUUGUGGAUAUUGACAACAUACCAGCAGCACUGUGGUUGUCAAAACCAUUCAUCAUACCUGAUUUUUCAGGAUUACCUUUGUCACUUGCACUUGGAGCCCUGGGCAUGCCUGGGAAUACUGCAUACUUUGGGUUUCUUGAAAUAUGCAAACCAAAACCUGGUGAAGUUGUGGUAGUCAGUGGGGCUGCAGGAGCAGUUGGUAGUCAUGUUGGACAGCUUGCAAAAAUAAAAGGAUGCAAAGUUAUAGGCUUUGCAGGGUCAGAUGAUAAGGUGAAAUGGCUGAAGGAUGAACUGAAGUUUGAUGCGGCUUUUAACUACAAGACGAAAGACGUUACACAAGCACUGAAAGAGGCCGCACCAGAUGGAGUGGACUGUUAUUUUGACAAUGUUGGUGGUACACUGAGUAGUGCUGUCAUUGCUCAAAUGAGAGAGAGAGGACGUAUUUCAGUAUGUGGUUCCAUUUCUUCUUACAAUGAAGACAUCAGCAAAAUUCCCUUAGCUCCUAUCGUCCAACCUUCCUUUGUAUGGAAGCAGCUACGGAUGGAAGGUUUCAUAGUGAGUCGCUGGACGGACAGAUGGGAAGAAGGCAUCAACUACAAUUUACAGCUGAUCAAGGAUGGUAAACUGAUAUAUCGUGAAACCGUGACUGAGGGAUUUGAGAACAUUGCAAAAGCAUUCAUAGAAAUGUUGCAAGGAGGAAAUGUGGGGAAAGCUGUUGUGAAGGCUUGAACUCUGGAUCCUAUAUUGCCAUGAUACUGUUACAUCAUGUAACAAUAAAAAUAGCUGUGCACACAAGAGAUACUGGUGCAGAUGCCAAAAGCAGUGAUUUGGGAAAAUUAUAUAAUAUGUGGGGCUGAAUUUGAUCAAUAUACUGUGUAAGAACUCUUUCACCCAUCAACUGAUGGACUGUGAACUUCAACAUUAACUGUUAUUACAGAAAUAUCAAACUUAUGACAUUUCAAUUGCAUUUUCAUAUACAAUACAUUACAGAUAAUAAUGCAAUGUAACUCUUGUCAUCUCUUAUUUUCUCUUAAAUCUACUGAAUUGAUAUUUGUGGAACAUUUCUUCAAAAUAAAAUGCAUUCGUUAACA